AUGUUCUCAUCUGCACUUAAAUCCCUAAGUUCAAACAUAUCAGCGAACUACCAGAUCUCUCCGCAUCCCACUGUGGUUUCUGGUCCCUGGAGAAUUCAUGAUGGAAAGAAAAAGUCUACCGGAACUACGGCCUCCAUCUUUAUAUUUGAUAAAAAAAUCCUUGACCCGCGAUCCAAUGGCCUUAGCGGUCGCUCCAGUUCCUCUAUUAAGAAGUUGCAAGAGGAUGUUGUUGAACGUCUGAAACGGGAGGCUGGCAACCUGGCUCGACUUAGACAUCCAUCUAUUCUUCAAGUUCUUGAGCCUGUAGAAGAGACUCGCAAUGGGGGACUCAUGUUCGCAACCGAACAAAUUACUGCGUCUCUUGCAGGGCUUUUGCAGGAGAAAGAUGUUAGUGAGGGUACGUCGCGUGUUAGUUCGAGGUCUACCUGCUAUAUGGUGGAAGAGACCGAUGGAACACGAAGACGGAGAGAUCUUGAGAUUGAUGAGCUUGAGAUUCAGAAGGGGCUUUUACAGGUAGCGAAGGGUCUUGAAUUCCUUCAUGAGUCUGCCAGCCUUGUUCAUGGGAACCUGAAUCCCGAAGCCAUCUAUAUCAAUGCCAAAUCGGACUGGAAAAUUUCUGGUCUUGGGUUCGCUGGUCCUCCCGACUCUUCAGAAACUCAUUCGUCACUCCCGCCUCUCGCAUUAUCUGAAGUGCUUUACCAAGACCCGAGACUUCCUGCUUCAGUACAGCUAAAUCUUGACUAUACAUCACCAGACUUCGUGCUGGAUUCGAAUGUGACAUCCGCCGCGGACUUGUUCUCUCUUGGGCUUGUAAUAAUAGCCCUCUAUAACUCGCCCCAUAUGUCUCCGCUGCAGACACAUUCCAACUCGGCUACAUAUAAAAAAUUACUCAGCUCACCCUCUACAACCCCGUCGCAAGGCAAUAAUUUCCUUAGCUCAAGCCCCAUUCCAAAAGACCUUUUUACGCAUGUUUUGCCUAGGUUGAUAACUAGACGGCCGGCCCAGCGUUUAAAUGUGCGAGAGUUUCAGCAGUCUAAGUACUUUGAUAACAUUCUGGUAUCAACAAUUCGUUUCUUGGAAUCGCUGCCAGCCAAGAACCUCGGCGAAAAAUCGCAAUUUAUGCGUGGACUUCAACGUGUACUCCCCGAGUUUCCUGUGUCCGUCUUGGAGAGGAAAAUGCUUGGCGCGCUGCUAGAUGAGACGAAAGACCGCGAGCUUUUGUCUCUCAUUUUACAGAAUAUAUUCGCUAUUUUGCAGCGUAUCCCCAAUGCACGUCGUAUAAUUCCAGAGAAGAUAAUACCUCGAUUCAAAGAGGUGUUUCCGACAGGCAAAGGGACUCAGCAGGGUCGUGACUCGAAUCGAGAUGCCGGUCUUAUUGUCGUCCUUGAUAAUAUGAACAUUCUGGCAGAAAAUUGCUCCGGCAAGGAUUUCAAAGAAGAUAUUCUGCCUUUAAUACGGCUAGGGUUGGACUCACCCACUCAUUCAUUAGCGGACGGUGCAAUAAAAUGCCUUCCGGUUAUCCUGCCUGCUCUUGACUUCAGUACUGUCAAGAAUGAGGUAUUUCCACCGAUCGCUGCUACAUUCAGUCGAACAAAUAGCCUUGCCAUAAAAGUUCGCUGUUUGGAAGCCUUCACUGUACUUUGCGGAGGUUCUGUUGGUGAGGGACAGCCAGAAGAUGACCUGUCUGGUAUGGCUCAGAAAAGCCGAUUGCAAUCAAAAUCGUCCAUCCUCGAUAAAUACACGAUACAGGAAAAGCUCGUCCCAUCACUGAAGGCGAUUAAGACGAAGGAGCCAGCUGUUAUGAUGGCAGCUUUGGGCGUGUUUCGGCAGGUUGGCACAGUUGCUGACACUGAUUUCCUUGCUAUGGAAAUUCUCCCGAUUUUAUGGAGCUUCAGUCUUGGCCCCCUUCUUGACCUACAUCAAUUUGGAGAAUUCUUGGCGCUGAUUAAAAAUAUCUCAUCGAAAAUCGAACGUGAACAGACAAAGAAACUUCAAGAGCUUUCCUCAGGAGGAAACUCGAGCGGAUUCCAAAAUGGCAUCGACGGCUCUUCAAAGCCCUCGAACCUUAUGCAGUCAGACAUAGAUUCUACAAGGGAUGAUUUUGAGCGCCUUGUCCUUGGGCGUGGGCUUGCGGGCUCAUCUGAUCAAAAUAUGGGUCCAUGGGGUAGCCUGGUUUCCGAAACGCCAGCUACUCAACCACAUUCUCAACAGUCAGUAUCCAAAGGAAUGCCGCGGUCGUCAAAUAUUACAGGCUCGGUGGGGAGGGCCGAUACUCUAUCGAGGCAGCCUGGUUUUAAUGCCCGGUCCAUUACUCCUGAUUAUAGUUUGAACUCCUUUCCAUCCCUGGAGCCGGCUCACACACAGAUAUCCUCAAUGGCACCAGAGUUCCCUGUCUUGCAACCGUCAUCUGCUUCCGUAGGCGUGUCAUUUUCUCCGAAUAGUCAGACCCAUGUUCAGAGAAAGGCCAUGUCUGGUCCAACCCUAGGAGCACUCGCCAGCAUGAAGACUACGGGCAACUCCAUGUCCGACUCCGCCCCACAGCCCACAGCCCCGAACUAUUCUGCGUUCUCGAUCCCACCGCCACCGUCAUCACAAACCACAAUGGGGUCAUUUGCAGGUGCAGGUCCUGGAAGAUCCUCCUUCGUUGGGAAUACUACGUCAAAUUCUUUUCUACAGAACAAUACCCCCAUUCCACAGGUAUCUCAGAAGCAAGGGCUUGAUAAGUACGAGAGCCUGCUGUAA